CGUUACACGCAACAAAUUAACCCUAAGAGCUCUCAUCUCAAAAACAAUGCAGGCUGAGGAAUACAAUCGCAGAGGUAAGGAGUUGGUGGACUACAUCACACAGUACCUGGGCUCCAUCAGGGAGAGGAGGGUGAUUCCAGAUGUGAAGCCAGGUUACAUGAAGGAGCUUCUCCCUGACACAGCGCCUACCGAGCCGGAGGACUGGGAGACUAUCUUCAACGACAUCGAGAAAGUCAUCAUGCCAGGAGUGGUUCACUGGCAGAGCCCUCAUAUGCACGCCUACUACCCUAGUCUGACUUCAUGGCCCUCUAUGCUUGGAGACAUGCUGGCUGACGCCAUUAAUUGUGUUGGAUUCACCUGGGCCUCCAGUCCAGCAUGUACAGAAUUGGAAAUGAAUGUGAUGGACUGGUUGUGUAAAGCACUGGGGCUCCCGUCCUUCUUCCUGCAUCACCAUCCUGACAGCAGAGGUGGAGGCAUACUGCAGAGCACAGUCAGUGAGAGCACACUGGUUGCUCUGCUGGCAGCCAGGAAAGACAAAUUUUUGCAGCUGCAGGCUGAGCUCGACCAGGACGUGGACGAUUCGGCCUUAAAUUCAAGACUGGUGGCUUACGCUUCAGAUCAGGCUCAUUCCUCAGUUGAGAAGGCAGGUCUGAUCUCUCUGGUGAAGAUCAGGUUUCUGCCCACUGAUGAGCAGCUGUCUCUGAAAGGAGACACGUUGAAACAAGCCAUACAAGAAGACAGGAGAAGGGGAUUGGUCCCUUUCAUGCUGUGUGCAACUUUGGGAACUACAGGAGUGUAAGAAGGACUGUGGCUCCAUGUUGAUGCUGCGUACGCUGGCUCAGCCUACUUCUGUCCUGAGCUCCGCUGGUCCCUGGAGGGCAUUGAAUUGGCUCACUCUUUUGUCUUCAACCCCUCCAAGUGGAUGAUGGUUCACUUUGACUGCACAGCAUUCUGGGUGAAGGACAAAUAUAAGCUCCAACAGACGUUCACAGUUGAUCCUGUUUACCUCAGACAUGAAAACUCACAGGCAGCCACGGACUUUAUGCACUGGCAAAUUCCCCUCAGCCGACGAUUCCGUUCUCUCAAACUCUGGUUUGUUAUGCGGUCCUUUGGACUGAAAAACCUCCAGGCUCAUAUCAGACAUGGGAUUGAGAUGGCAAAACUCUUGGAGUCUCACAUAAAGAGUGACCCAAAUUUUGAGGUUCCUGCUGAGAGGCACCUUGGCUUGGUGGUGUUCUGCCUGAAAGGUGGAAAUGCUUUAACCCAGGAGCUGCUGAGGAGACUGACCCGGUCAGGCACAAUGUACCUCAUCCCUGCAGACAUUCACACCAAGCGUAUCAUCCGAUUCACAGUGACCUCACAGUUCACUACCGCAGAGGACAUCCUUAAGGACUGGAGCAUCAUCUCCAAAACGGCUUCCACUCUUCUGGCUGAGACACAGGCCCUGAAUAAUGCAGACCAACCAAAAUCAGGGAAAGAUGAGGCGACAGAACAACUGUUGUCUGGCUACAACUUUGAAACAAGGCCUAGUCUUAAAGAUGCUGCAGGUGCCCUCCCCAGCACGCCAUCAACGGCAGGAUCUGGUCCUAUGUUUAAGAUUACAGAGACGCCUUCAAAUAUUCUGGGUAAACAGGUUCUGAAAAAGCUGACAAAGUUCUACAGCGUGCCCAGUUUCUGCAACCAGUGGGUGCAAUGUGGCCCGCACCAGCUCUGCUGCCCUGUGAAGGUUUCACAGGCAACUCCAAAACACUUGUCCUCCACCUGCAGAAGAAUGAACUGUAUGACUUCUUCUACUGUAGCCAACACAGCUCCCUCUCCUACAACUCUGGAAACUGCCACGGCACCCGAGCGCUUGUAA